GGUACUCCAAAAGACUUUUGGGAACGUUACCAAUCUGAACCGUGUGUAUGAGAUCAAGAAAGCUAUCAACACACUGGUACAAGAUGGAGAGGAGUUCACCAAGCAUUUGGGCAAGUAUAGAUCCUUGUGGUCUGAGCUUGAAUCAUUGAGGCCAAGCACGGCUGAUCAAGAGCUACUCAUGGAGAGGAGGGAGCAGGAUCAGGUGUUUGGAUUGCUGUUGACUUUGGAUCCUCCGUUCAAUGAUGUGAUCAAACACAUGUUGAGGAUGCCAAGUCUUCCAUCCAUGGAGGAAGUGUGUGCGCAGCUCCAGAAGGAGGAAGGAUCUCUUGGUCUCUUCGGAAGCAAGGGAGACUUAGCUCUAGCCAACAAGGCUGAGGAAGGAGCGCAAGCUAACCGUGCAGCAUACAAGACUGAUGAGAGGAAGUAUGGUGAUGAGAGGAGGUUUGGAGGCAACUGUGAUCACUGCAAGAAGCCAGGACACAAGAGGAGCCAGUGCUGGAUCCUUCAUCCCCAUCUCAAGCCGGCCAAGUUCAACAAGGAUCGAGAAGCCAGAGCUAACCUGUCUACUGAAGCACGUGAAGCCGGUCCAUCAGGAGCAGGCUCAAGUGCACAAGUGGGUGAAAGCGCAGGCAAGGCUAUGGCAACUCACUACACGGCCGCAAAGAGUUUGGAGCAUGAAGUGAUCCGCAAAUCUGACAUUGAUGCCCUCAUCAAAGCUCUUAAGGAGUCUGGAUAUUGAGAGCAAUAAGUUGAUCGGACAAGGAGUAACCAAGGGGGAUCUUUAUGUACUUGAAGACAUUAACCCCAUUUAUAGUUGUUUGCUGAGUUCUGUUUUAAGUAAAGGUGCAUUAUGGCAUUCUAGGCUAGGACAUCCACAUGUUAGAGCCUUAAGCUUAAUGUUUCCAGGUGUCAUGUUUAAAAAUAAUGAUUGUGAGGCUUGUAUUUUGGGAAAACAUUGUAAGACUGUCUUUAAAAGAUCUACUACUAUCUAUGAUAAGUGUUUUGAUCUUGUUCACUCUGAUGUAUGGACUG